GGUAAUUGAAACCAACCCUAAGCUCCUUUUAUCUCCACUCUAAAAGUAGUCCCAAUUAUUGCUGACUUAAGCAUCGGAGUGUCUACCCUGAGUUCCAUCUCGGGGCUUUGCAGGUCAAUCCGGAGUGCAGACGCGGACUGAAGAGGAACUUCUAGUUUGGUGCAAUUACAUUGGUGUCGUCUGUGGGAAUCCGAACUGAAGGCUUCCUUGUUGCUUUUAUCAUGGUUAAUAUUAGGUCAGUCCGAGCUGGAAACUCAUCUCAGCCUCUUGGACGAGGUCAGGGCCAAUCUCACAUCGCACCAGCUCAGCAACCCCUCCCUGAUGAUGUCACUCGACGUCUAGACAGCUUGGAAAAUCUACCUCCAAGGUCAAUCAACUCUUAUACAGAAAUGGCAUCUACUUUCGCCACAAAGUUUUCCAUUAUAAGGUUGAUUAGGAAAACCACUUCUGAGGUGAUGCGAGUUAGGCAGAGGGACGGAGAGUCUUUGAAGAAUUUUAUGAGCAGAUUCAAUGAUGCAGUACUGGAGGUUAGCUCUUUCGACCAGGCUGUGGGAAUUAUAGUUGUGAUUUCAGGUCUUAGCCAUGAGAGAUUCAGAGAUAGUCUGCUCAAACAUCCUGCCACCACCUUCAACGAGGAAACGGAUGAGGAUAGCACAAAAUCGAGGUCCGAUGUCAACCUCCGCACCGAGAUUCGGAAGACCGAACUCUACACCCCACAACAGUCUGAAGGUAAACCUCCAGUUAACUGGACUCCUUUUAAUUUGCCGAGGUCACAGAUUUUCAUACAGAUCAAGAAUAAGAUGGAUUUAAGGCGUCCUGGCCCAAUGAGAACUGCCGCCACUAGCCGAGACCAUACUAGAUAUUGUGAUUUUCAUCAAGAUCACGGUCAUACAACAAAACAAUGCAACAGCUUGAGAGAGCAAAGGCCACAGCCUCAAGGAAUCCGUAACCCACCAAACAGGCAAGGUGUGGGAUAUCAGCAAACCCCACCUCCGCUCCCACCACCAGUUAGAAUCAUACACAUGAUCACAAAAGGCCUGGAAGCAGGUGGACUGAGUUCUAAACAGCGAAAGUUGUAUGUCAGAGAGGUUAAGCAUCAGAACCGAGCUCAGAAACGGAAGUUUGACGAUGCUGAGUGGAAGAAUCAACCCAUUAUUUUCACAUCUGCUGAUCUCGAUACAGUCGUCACAACUCACAAUGACCCUCUAGUCACUUCUGUCAUGAUUAACAAUUGUGAGGUGCAGCGUGUCCUUGUUGACACAGGAAGUGCACCAAAUAUAAUGUACUUCCAUUGUUUUGAGAGUCUUGGGCUGGAUCCAGCUUUGUUGCAGAAGUAUGACGGUCUCAUCUACGGAUUCAACAACCAACCAGUUCCAGUUGAAGGAGUCCUAACCAUGAAUGUUGCUUUUGAAAGUGGUCGAAAUUAUGUGACCCCUUCAGUCAGGUUUCUAGUAGUCAAGAUGGCGUCCUCCUUCAACAUUGUUAUUGGCCGACCUACGCUGACUGAGAUUCGAGCUGUAACACCCGAGGUCAUCCCCCAACAAAUUCCUGAUAAUCAGCAAGUCAUGGGUGUUGAGAUAGUAGAUAAUCGACCGGAAGAUGAAACCAGAGCUACUCCAGUCGAAGAUGUCGAAGAAGUGCUCAUUGAUGACAGAGAUCCGAGCCGAAAGAUGCAAAUUGGAACUAGAUUGAACCCGGAGGAAAGGGCAGAGCUAAUAGCUUUUCUUCGAGCUAACAAUGAUGUCUUCGCGUGGACCUCGGCAGACAUGCCAAGAAUUCCACCCUUGGUGCCGAUGGCUCUAGAAGACGAAGAGAAAAUCUCGUUCUAUGCUGGCGAUGAAAUUUAUUGCUAUGUCAUGAUGCCAUUUGGCUUAAAGAACGCAGGUGCUACUUAUCAGAAAAUGGUAACCAUCGUCUUCCGAGCUCAGAUCGGUAGGAAUAUAGAGGUUUAUGUCGAUGACAUUGUGGUAAAGAACCUGAAAGUAGAAGACCAUCUAGCUGAUCUCGAUGAAACUUUCAACAACCUCAGAAAGAACAGAAUGCGAUUAAACCCAGCUAAAUGCAUAUUCGGCGUGGAGUCUGGAAAGUUUCUAGGUUUCAUGGUUUCUCGAAAAGGGAUUGAGGUCAAUCCAGAGAAGAUCAGAGCAAUUGCCGAGAUGGAACCGCCGAAAUCAGUAAAAGAUAUACAGAGGUUGACUGGAAGGGUGGCAGCUCUUCAUCGGUUCAUAUCGAAGUCAGCAAAUAAGUAUCUACCAUUCUUCAAGAUUAUGAGCAGUGUACUGCACGGAGCAGAGUUGAGGUAUCCUAUAGCUGAGAAAGCAGCAUUAGCAGUUGUCACUUCGGCUAGGAAGCUGAGACCAUAUUUCCAGUCACACCCAAUUAUCGUCUUCACAGAUCAACCUCUCUGGCAGAUUCUGCAAAAACCAAGGUGCUUUGGAAGAUUAAUUAAGUGGGUAGUAAAAUUGGGGGAAUUUGAGAUAACAUUUCAACAGAGAUCGACAAUUCGAGCUCAAGCACUAGUAGAUUUUAUUGUCGAAUGCACUCCAUGUCCUUCAACCCCUAAUCUAGAGCCUAACGACUGGACCUUAUAUGUUGACGGAGCAUGUAGUAGCAAGGGAUCAGGAGCUGGCGCUCUCUUGAUUGGUCCAGAUGGAUACAAUUCACUCUCUAAAUUUGCCUCUGAUAGCUCUUUAAGUUCCAGAUCAGUUUUUGUGGAGGUCUUAGACGAACCAAGCUUGAUGAAGUCACGGAUGAUGGAGAUUAGCACAGACCCUGACACGCCGAGUUGGACUGACUCAAUUAUCUCCUUUUUGCGAGAUGGGAUAAUAUCUGAGGACAGGCCGGAGGCAAUGAAGUUGAGGAAGAAAGCAUCUCGGUAUACACUCGUUGAUGGGGUCCUCUAUAAGAGAUCUUUCUCACUCAUUCUUCUACGGUGUUUGAACCCCUAUGAAGCUGAGUAUGCACUUCGGGAGGUACAUGAAGGUGUCUGUGGGAGCCACGUUGGUGCUAGAACUCUGGCUCACAAAGUCUUAAGGCAGGGAUAUUACUGGCCAAACAUGUACAAAGAUGCCAUUCACUUUGUUCAGAAAUGCUCGAAAUGCCCAUUCAUGAAAGGGGUUGGUGGUGUAACCCAUCUGAUUGUUGGUAUAGAUUAUUUCACAAAGUGGGUUGAAGCUCGGCCAUUAUCUAGUCUUACCUCCAAGAAGGUCAAAGACUUUUUUUUCAGCUCGAUCAUCUGCAGAUAUGGGAUCUCGAACCAGAUUGUGGCUGAUAAUGGAACUCAGUUCAAUUGCUCUUCAUUUCGAGAUUUCUGUUCCAGUUAUGGGAUCAAAUUGCAGUUCACCUCCGUUUACCAUCCGGAGUCCAAUGGCAUGGUUGAAUCUGUUAAAAAAUGCAUUUUAGAAGGUAUAAAGUCGAGAUUAGAACAACAUAAGGCCAAAUGGGCAGACGAGCUCAACAACAUCCUCUUGGCAUACAGAACCACAAGCCGAACUGUCAUAGGUGAAACACCCUAUCAUCUCGCCUUUGGUACCGAAGCAGUCAUUCCUAUUGAAAUAAGAGUCCCAAGCUUCCGGGUCACCCAUUUUGAUGAAGGACAAAAUGGACAGCUACUUCGGGAAAACCUUGAUCUGCUUGCCGAAGUCAGAGAAGAAGCAGGGCUUCGAACUCUUGUAUACAAGUAGAAACUAGCCAACUUCUACAAUAAAUGAGUCCACCCUCG